CCGGCGCACAGUGAUGACGUAGGAGGCAUGCAGGUGCUUUGCGACGCGCUUGUUUUAUUUGGUGCAGCACGAUCCAUUUGGCUGUGAAACGGUGACAUUUAUCCUCAGUCUAUCGCCUUCACAAGAUGUCUUUUAACGACGACGAAUCCUCCGAAAUCGGACCGAGCGGACCGUCGAAGCUGGAGAGCUUUUUAUUCAGUUGCGAGCUGUCCUCUAAAGUACCUUUCUACACUUUCCAAGGAGACGAAGAGGAGGAUUUGGAGCAUUUCCUCGAACUUAGAACAGUAUGUCUCGGAGAAGGUGCGAAGGAAGAGAAUAAUGUGGUGGAGGUGACAGCCAUGAACCACCAGGGGAAGACCAUCUCAGUGCCCAUCGCCAACCUGCACAUCAAGUGUCUCCCUAUGGUGAGCCUGGGCGAGUUCGAGCUGAAAGCUCCGGUGACGAUCCGGCUCAAAGCUGGGACAGGACCGCUGACAGUCAGCGGGCUUCAUCUUAUUGCCUCACAGGGUGAAGAGUCUGAUCUGUCUGAUGAAGACGAGGAUGAGGACGAUGAGGACGACGUCCCUGCAAUCAAACCAGCAAAGAAGAAGCAGAGGCAGCAGUAGUCGAUGAAGCCCCUGAUGGAUUUUUUGGGGGGUGGGAUGAGGGAGGGCUCGUUCACCGACAUGUUUUUUGUUUUGUUUUUUUCUUAUCACUUUUUGCACCAGACGGACACAAAGUUCUUCCUUCUUCCAUACAGCUCUGUGAGUCCAGAGUGUGUCGACAGCCGGACUCCAGUCCUCUCCUCUUUGUCCCACUGUGAGCUCUUUAGUCUCAAAGACUGCUUUUGAUACGGAGUGUGACCCACUGUUUUCUACUCUAUGAUUCAGUCCCACCUGAACGCUGUCGUUACACAGUUGAUGCUGUUGGACUUUGGUAUUUAAAACAAAUAUAUAAACUGUUCUUGGUUCAGUAAAACUAAAUUCAACAAAGGGGGAAAUGUGAAUUUUCUUUCUACUAAUUGGUUCAAUUUGACUGAAAAACAUAAAUGAAAAAAGACUUUGAAUUAAAAACCUAUUUGUAGUUGCUGAGGAUGGUUUUUCUAUGUGAAGAUUUGUAUCUAAAUGCAUCCAAAACGAGCCUGUUUCAGAAAUUUAACUUUUUAGAAUUACAGUAUUUUUAAUCCAGCACAACUAUUGCAUGGUGUCUGCGGGUGUACCAGGGCGGAUGCUCAGUAUUCUGGGUUAUGGGACGUCUCGUCACGGAGGCCUCUGGAUGAACCUGAAGCGUCUGAUGAUAUUUGUUUAUCCUGAAGCCUUCAUCUGUUCUGGUGAAUCUGGAAAUGGAAUCUGUAACUUCUUAUGUGCUUUUGGACCCUAAAUCACCAUAAACUGUUUCUGCUAAUUGUUUUGUGAAGA